AUGGCCUUCCUCUACCAGACCAAAGCUUUCGACCUCCAACUCGAGUUCAACAACCUCGGCGUCCCCACCGGCAUGUACAACCCGCACGGUGACACCAUGCUCAAAGCCUUCGAAAAGCUGCAAUCCCUCGCUGAUACCCUCGACAACUUCACCACCUGGAACCUCACCCCAAACCCCCAGAAAUAUAAAGAUCUCCAAACUGAAGCAACAGCCGCCGAAGCCGCCAAGCAAGAAGCCCUACGCUACUGUCCGCAGUCGUCUUGGGGCAUAAUCACAAAGCUGCUAGAUAUGUCGGAGGAAGUGCUCCUGAGGCUGGAGGCGCUGCUACCACUAGACACACUGACGCUGUUCGACCAGCGUUUGGUCACGAUGAAGAGUGAGUGGGCAGUAGUAUAUUCGUAUAUAUACCGCACGGGGCCGUUUGGCGACUCAAUGAAAAACACGUUUGUGGCUCUAGAGAAGCUGGCGCGGUAUCUUGACCGUUUCCCCGGAUGUGAUUUGGAGGAGAACGAGGGGGAGUUUGAGAAGCUUCAGGAGAUGGCGGGGGAGCUGGAGACGCAGAAGAGGAGGUUGAAGAAUUUUUUGACCGUGGAGGAGUGCAAGGUUCCGAGGAGGAUGAUUAAGCUCGGAGAUGUUAUGUGGAUCAGAGCUGCUCUUCUGUUGCCGUCGGAUCGUAUGAAGCUGUGGAAUUUGGGAUUCCCGUCUGCUAUAGUUAACUAA